AUGUCGUCGGAAGAGAUCGACAUCCUGAUGAACGAGGAGGAGGAGGAAGAAGAAGACACGCACAGCGCGGAUGAGGGUGAGGCUGAGUGGGACCCCAACGCCGUCGAAGAGGAGGAGGAAGAAGAAGACGAUGAGGGGGAAGAGGGAGAAGAAAGCAGCGACGGCAUCGAGAGCGAGGAAGACAGGGACGAAGACGAAGAGGAGGAAGAGGAAGAAGAAGGAGAGGAGGAGGGCUCCAUCGGCGCCUUCUUCCAGCCCAGAGGCCGCCGGUCCUACCGGCAGAGCUCGACCACGUCCAAGAAGAAGAAGAAGGGCAGGAAGCGCAAGGCCGACGAGCAGCCGUCGACGCGCGCCGAGCGCUGGAACCGCCGCCGCAAGAUCGCGGACGUGAUGGACGACGCCGAGCUGGACGACAACACGCGCAAGGCGCGAGAGGCCGAGGCCAAGCGAGCGCAGAGGAUCGACGCGAUUCUCGGCAACUUCGCUGAGCUGUCCGAGGAUCAACUGGCGGUACCGGACGAAGACGAAGAGAAGAAGAUCUGUCUCAACCCCGCGUCGGCAGACGGCACCCCGCCUACUGGGGAGGAAGGCACAGAAGACGCCCCGAUCUUUGUCUACAAGGAUCUGGUGAACAUACUGAAGCCCCACCAGAUCGUCGGUGCGAGGUUUAUGUGGAGCCAUGUCGCUGUGGAGCCUGAGGGAUUCGGCUGUGUGCUGGCAGACUUCAUGGGUCUCGGUAAGACGCUGCAAGUUAUCACAACGGUGCAGGCGUUCUUGAGCAAGAAGAUACUGGAUGACGAUGGGGACAUUCAGCAACGACACAAACACGUGCUGAUUUUAGCACCAACCAUUUGCGUGAGAAAUUGGGAAGCCGAGGUCGUCAAGUGGCUGGGUAAGAGGGAAGCUAGACGGAUUGGGCUGCACACGUUGGAAUCGAGCCGAGAGAAGAAGAUGAGCGACCGCGUGCACGUUGUGAAGCGGUGGCAUAAGCGCGGCGGAAUUCUCAUUAUGGGCUAUGAGCUGUAUCGUCUCCUGGUGCUUCAAUCGAGUGGCGAGGAGAAGAUCGCAGCCGGUAACCAGAAGUACGCGCAUCUGAUCAAGCAGGUCUAUGCUUGUUUGAGCGAUCCAGGACCAGAUCUCAUCGUGCUGGAUGAAGGCCACCGUGUCCGAAACCACAAGUCCAAGUUGGUGAAGGCUCUUGCGCACGUCAAGACGACACGACGCAUCAUCUUGACGGGCUAUCCGUUGCAGAAUCACCUGGAAGAGUACUGGACCAUGGUCAAUUUUGCGCGACCGGACUAUCUUGGAUCUCUGGACGAGUUCAAAAAUCGAUUUGUGGCCCCUAUUACGAACGGACAGUGUAUUGACAGCUCGGAGGCUGACUUGAGGUUGGCUCGACGCCGGGCAUUUGUCCUUACACAGGAGCUAAAACCGCUUGUGUUACGCCGAGACCAGCAAUAUCUCUUCAAACAAUUGCCACCCAAGAAGGAGUAUGUGCUUAUGUGCAAGCUGACUGACGCCCAAGCCCAGUUAUACCGGGAAUUUCUACAACGUGGAGUGCCGACUCGUGGCACGUCUGACAAGGUGGAUGUCCUAGGCGGCUACCACAUUGCAUUGGCCAUUUCGAAUCACCCGGACGUCAUUUGCGAUACCUACAAGCGACUGGAAGAAGAAGAACGCAGUGGAGCCAGCAAGAAAGCAAAGGGUCGUGGCGUAUCGGACAUUUUUGGUGUCGAGGAUGGCGGGAAUGAUUUUGAUCCGUAUGACGAUGUCCCCAGCUCGAGGGCGUCUAGGGCGAAUGCAAAUAGGCCCAGUACCUCUGCGCAGGCACAUGGUCCUCGCGUUAUAAAUGAUGACGACGACGACGACGAUGAUGAGACAGCGCUUUUGAAUAUGCUGGAUACACCCAGCAAUACUGCGCGGGCACCGAAGCCAACAGCACCUCCAAUGGAUGGUUCAUGGCAUCGUUUGAAGUUUGCUCAGGAUUUCAUGGAAAAGUAUGUUCCGAGUCAACUUGAAUCCAGCGGCAAGAUGAUGAUCCUCAUGGAACUCCUGUCCGCGUGCCAAGACGUCGGUGACCGUGUGAUUAUCUUCUCACAAAGUAUUCCUACGUUGAACACUAUUGGUGUAAUGAUCGCCAAGCACAACAAGUACCAGCGACGGCACGCGAAGCGCCUCAACUACUUGCGGAUUGAUGGAAGCACGUCACCGCAAGAUCGAUUCCGUCAGAUUGCCCAGUUUAACGAUCUGGAAGAAGACAUUGAUCUGAUCAUGAUCUCGACGAAAGCAGGCGGAGAGGGAAUCAACCUCUGCGCUGGCAACAGAAUCAUUAUCUUCGACGUGUGCUGGAACCCAUGCAACGACUCGCAGUCCAUGUGCCGUUCGUAUCGAUUUGGCCAGACGAAACCAGUGUUCGUGUACCGGUUCGUGACAAUGGGCACAAUGGAGAAGAAUGUAUAUGACCUGCAAAUUCGCAAAGAGGGCGUCGCGAAACGUAUUGUGGACGAAAAAACGACGGAGCGAAAGUUCAUGAUGUCGGAGCUCCAAAAGUACUUCAGUAUCGAUGACUUCGAGGACUCCUUGCUGCACGCCCAAGGAAAGGCAGCAGACGACGAAGAACUCGCUAUCCAGGCUAUUCCUCAUGAAGACUCCGUUCUCGAAAACAUCUUGACCGAAAUGCGCGACAGAGCUACCCCAGCUGCUGCCACCAGUGAAAAUGGAGAAAUCAGCGCUGCCGGGAUGUUGGCUGACAGGAGAUGCAUUAUCGACUGGUUUGAGCAGGAAACAAUGUUUGAAGAAGACCUGGACCAGCAGUGUUCGCCUGAUGAGCAAAAGGAGAUUUUGGAGGCGCACACAUACUUUAAGGCGGUGCGGAGACUGCGCAGGGGAGGUACCCACCUUAUUAGCAGAGAGGGUAUGCUGAUGAAGCAGUGCGAUCACUGCCGCGUGCCGAACGAGAUUUUCCCCACCUCGACGACAAAGGUGCCCGUGCCUUCGACAAUUGAAUGCGUCUACUGCAAGCAACCGAUUAAGACAGCUGGGGCUGUUCCUCCUUCUGAGAAUCCUGUUGCUCCAUACCCGUUUAUGGGCCGCAUACCCGGUGUCCCAAUGCCUGCUCCAGGAAUGAUACCUUCAACAUCAGCAGUCCCAGCGGCGUCGGCGGCUGCAGCAGCUGCCGCUGCUGCUCAUGCUGUAACCAAGCCUGUGGUAGGUGUUGCUCCAACUACGAGUGGCCAGAGUGGCCGAGUACUGCCUCCUCAUCUGCAGGCCAUAUACGAUCAGCAGCAAAGGGCUAAUGCCUUGGAACGUGAACGGCAAAAGAUGUUGCAGCAACGCGAAUUGCUUGUGCGAAAGCAAGCGGAAGCGGCAGCUGCGGCGCGCAAGCAAGAGCGGCUGUCGAUGAAGCUGAAGGACCGGUAUGUGCUUGUGCUGAGGCGAGGCAUAAAGGGUUGUCAAGAUCUCAAGCACAAGGCGGAAGAGUGUGGAGCUACUCUAGCUAUUGAAGUCAACUCACAGCUGACAGACAUUGUUAGUGCAAUGAGCAAGGCGGAGACUCUCAAGUGGCUCAAGUUGACCAAGCUACCCGGCGACGUGGAGCUGCACGACGAUAUAUGGCUGCGCAAUGAAAUCGCCAAGGAGAAAGGUCUACCCCUUAUCCCGGUGACAACUAGCGCUGCUUCGGGGUCAGCGACAGGUGCCGCGGAAGAUGCUGAUUCCAAGACUGGCAUCGACACCAAGCCAGCCGUCGCCACUACUCCGUCGCCUGUACCCGCACCGGUUAAUGAUCAGAGCCCGCAAACUACUGUGGACAGUAGCAGUGACUUUAUUGAACUCUUGGACUCUGAUGACGAGGAGCCCCCGAAGACGGCCACCACCACCAACGGCAUAGCGCGUAGUAGCAGCGCCGCCGCCGCCACUACAAGUGGUUCUGGCACGGUGAUUGACGAAAACGACGUGAUCGAGAUUUUGUAG